AUGCGUUCUUCGGGGAACGGUGGUUGCCUACCCAGCCGCUGCACCCGCCGUGGCGGCCCUCGCGUUCGUGACCGGCUACAGCGCGCUCUCCCGCUCUCCGUCUACGCGCUCGAGUUCCUGCGGCCGCCACGACGCCUUCACAAUAAGCCUUCACCAGAAGCCGUGGCCGCCCCGGUCGCGCUCCUCGCAGCCGUCCUCGCGGUGCCCUGCGCGGCCGCCCGCGCCGGCGGCCGGGGCGCCGUCGAGGUCGCCGCGUCCGCCGUCGACGCCGCGGCCACCGCGGCGCUAGCCUGGUGCCUCACCAACGGCGGCUUCACGGCGGUGGCGUUCGGCAGAUGCACCGCGAGACGCCAGGCCGCUCGCUUCGUGGCCGCCGUGUCGACCGCUUGCGCGGCUGCCGGCGGCGCCGCGGUGGGCGCCCUGUCGUCCGGCGGCGGUCUCUCGUCGGGGCUCCCGGCCGCCGCUGUUCUCUUCGCGCUACCCACGUGCCUCCUGUACGUCCCGGAGUAUCAGAUGGAUCCCUACCCCACCGUUGUGGGCGGCCUGCUCAAGCGCCAUCCCAUAGCGGCGUGGUUCGCGCUGCUGGCGCCGACGGGGCUCGUGCUGGGCCGCCUCGUGGCGGCGAUCGCCACGGGCACCGCGCGACGAGCUGGUGGUGGUGGUGGCACGCUCGUCGCAGUCGCCGCGGCCGCUGGCACCAUGUGGGCGGUGGACGCCGUCGCCGCGGUGUUGCUCGGCCGCCACGUCGCGAGGGAGAUUGCAAAGCCUUCGAUUUUUAAAGCUAGCUCCAAGGAGAUUGCCUCGGCGUUCCUCAUGAUCGGCUUACGCUACUUCCUGUACCGGCACGUUUUCCACACCAUCGGCUGCGGUGGUCGUCUCGCAUGGUUCACCUCACCGGAGCACACAGCGCCCGUGUAG